AUGGGAUCUCUAAUCUUUGCCUUCCUUAUUGUGAUUUUUGUAGGGGUACAAGCCUGUCUGCAAAGUACAGUACGAGAACAAGAAGAGAAGUAUGAAAUCCAAGGUGGCCCACAAAGAGGCCGGCUCAACAGAGAACAGCUGCUGCCAAAGUUGUUUGACGGAUGCUACUUCUAUUUUUUGGGAUCUUUCAAUCACCACCAGAAGAGUGAUCUUGUAGAGUUGGUGAAAGCAGCAGGAGGACAAAUUCUGGUUAGGCAGCCCAAACCAGACAGUGAUGUGACGCAGACGGUCAACACGGUGGCUUACCACGCGGAAUCCGCUUCUGACCAAAGGUUUUGCACUCAGUAUGUAAUCUAUGAUGGGUCUUCUAAAUUCAAGCCAGAGAAAAUUCGGCAGGGCAAAGUCUGGAUGGCCCCCUCCAGCUGGCUUGUAGACUGUGCCAUGUCUUUUCAGCUCCUGCCUGUAAAAUGAACAUCGGCGUCUCAAGAGCAAGGUUUUAAAACGUGGUGAAUCUUGAGCAGUUGGAACACUCUGGUCUGAAGAUAUGAUUUAUGUUUUGCACUUAGGAAUGCAGGAGAGCUUUGACCAUUUAAAUGAGGUACUAAGAUCACUGAUAGGCUGGACUAAAUGAACUUAUAAUGGAGGAGAGAGAUAAAUAUACUGCAUUGAAAAAUGUGCCUUAGGUUAUUUAGUGUGCUUUAUUUUUUGCGUUUAACUUAACUGUAAUAAUCACUGACAUUUUGUAACUAAAAUUUUGCAAAACAAAACCUUUUGCAUUCUUGAUGUAAACCAGCCCUUUCUGGGGGAUAGAGCGUGACCCCAUUUCUUUUGUGUUUAAUAUCCAUUGACAAGGAUCUAUUAUAUGUGUCAAGAUUUCCCAGCCAAGCCAGAAUUUGUAUUUUUUUAAAAAAAGGACUCUCUGGAUUUGAACAGAGUCAUUUGCCUCUAUAGACAUCUCUUCUGUCAGAUAACGUGGUGUUUCUUAUAACUUUUUACAACUGAAUUUUGCAGGAAAUUCUUGGCAUGGGAUAAGCCUUGUAGAAAUCAGAAUAGAACUGAUGGCAGCCUGAAUUCAUUUGAGAGUAGUCAAUUUUGAAAACGCUAUCUUUAAAAAUCUCGGUCUAAAAUGAAUUAUUUGUAGCAAGAGUAAUGCUUUAUUCACUUCUGUCUUUUCAUGCUUGUAAACAUGUAACUCGAAUUUGAUUCUAUUUUCUGAAGGUUUUUAAGCAUCAGGAUCCGUAUUAAAUUAUAAUAAUAUUUCUGUAAGUAUGGGUGAUUGCUAUCAUGGUUACUUCAACAAAAAAAAUAAUUUAAUGAUCUCAAAAGAAUUAUGCCUCACUUUGCACAAAUGUACUUAAACUUAGCUGGCUACAUUGGAGCUAUAUCUGAUUCUUUCAAAUUUGUUACAAUAUUUCUUAUAACUAAUCAUAAGUUAUUGUCAGAAUCUUACUUCCUCACUCUGUGUUCUCACGUAAUGUGUUGCAUCUUUUCUGUUGCCUUAGUUUGUGAAUUCCUAAUUUUAAAAUGGUGUCUCAUAAUAAUAUACAAUGAGAAUGAAGGUUGUGGGAUAAAACAAAGUGUCCUUGUGUUUGCUUUUAUAUUGGUUGUAAUAAUUAAACUUUUGGUGCCGGUAA